AUGGCUCUUUCGACCGGGGAACGCGGCAAGAUAGUGGCUGCAGUAAUGGAGGAAAGGAGUCUCAGAGCCAUCCACUUCAUGCUGGCCACCAACGAUGUGCCGGGGUCAGCUGACCGGAGUGCCGCUCAGCGGUUUUUUGAAGCAUUGUGUCUCCCGGGAGAGAGAUUCGAAGCACACAUGAUGGACACUAUGAGAAGCUACGCGAUGCUCCGGAUUACGGGCUUGGCUGAGCAAGUGGCCAAAUCCGCCAAAAAAUUCGUCGGAGGCGGAUUUACAGAGCUCCUAGAGAAAUACAGCUGGGGGCGCCACGAGGACGAAUUGCCAGGAUUCGAAAUCAUGAGAAAGAAGCUGCAAGACCUUGAAGGAGCAUCGGCUCUCGAAUGUCUCAUGAUUGCGUUCCGUCACCUUCACAAAUCUACUUCCGAAUUCUGUGAAUCAGCAGACAAACGAGAUGGGAGCCCCCCCUCGCACAGUGCGGGACAGAUCAACUCCAUGAUUAUUUUUGCGCAUUACCUCUCUCGUGCUCCUGUGUUCUCUGCCCUGAUCGACCACCCAGCGUGUCAAGGGAUCACGCUUUUUCUCGGGUCUUUCAGGUACAAACUGGCCAUGCUCGGAAGAUACUAUGGUUGUCUCGAACGUCUGAAAGCAUUGGUCAGAUAUUCGGAGAGGAAAAUAUCUUGGGAGUGGUGCUCCGACACCGAUACGGGGAUCGUUAACCAUCAUCCCGUCAUCAUGAAGCGAUCCUACCUGGAAGUCAUCCGGACUGAUUUGCCAGCGUGGAUGGGAAACCCUGAAACGUACUUCGGGACAGAAUGCCCGAAGUAUAGGGAGAAGAUGGUCGUUUCGACCCACCCUGCCCUCCGGCUCAUACUGUUGGCACCGAAGACGUAUCUCAAGCUCAUAGGCUGCAGCGAUGGGGUAUGCCUCUCGACCGAGGCAUGGGUCAAAGAGUACAACGUGGCAGAGAAGACGGACUGGGACUUUGGACCAUCUUUGGAGGAAGCGGACCCGACCUUUGCCCUGACUCACGCAUACGCCUUCGAGGAGAAGGUCUACAGUAAGGUACAAAACCUGAGAGGCAUCAGUAUUUCCAAUGUAAUGUGGCCUAAUGAUAGGGACUACUAA